UAAUUCGGUGACGUGCGUGAAACUUCUCGAUACGUGGCUGGUUGACGUCUAGUGUUUCGCUACGUUCACUCACGCAAGCUUGCAUUUACCUCAGGAAUUGGGUGCUUCAACGCAGUUUGUUAACUAGAACUCUGUUAAAUCUAAUUACUUAACAAAAAAUGGAUCAGAUCGCUAAAUUUGUGGAGCCAGGCAAGCAGUUCGCUAAGGAUUCCCUCAGACUGGUCAGGAGAUGCACUAAGCCCGACAGGAAAGAAUUCCAGAAGAUUGCCAUCGCGACAGCCAUCGGUUUCUGCAUCAUGGGCUUCAUCGGGUUCUUCGUGAAGCUCAUACACAUCCCCAUUAACAACAUCAUUGUCGGAUCAUAAACCCCUAGUUCUAGUUUAGACGUAAUUCUCAUUCGGAGGUGGGCGGGACUUACUCCUGGUGUAACGGU